AUGUCAGAAAUAACAAAUCUAAAUUCUUUAAUAAAGGUGGAUAGUGAUGGCGGUGUUUUGUGUCCCAAUUUAGACGAUAUACACGCUUUACUCCAAUCAAGAUUUCGCGUAGAUCUCCCUUUCACGAAGCUAGGAUCAUCUACGCUGAUAUCUGUAAAUCCCUUGAAGCAGCUUCAAUCUUACAACGCUCAAUCUCAAAUUGAGUAUAAGCAGAACACUUAUCUCCCUAGCCACUCUAUUCUUCAGCCACACGCCUAUGAUUUGGCUAGCAGGGUUUUACUAUCCUUGAAGCGCAAAGGUGUCAGCCAGGCUGUUAUUUAUGAUGGUCUCGCUGGUUCUGGUAAAUCAUACAACAAAUCGCUCAUAACCAAUCAACUUCUAUUUCUAUCCAAUAACUCUUUAGGAUCUAAUCAGCUGAUUGAAAAGAUUAAUUCUCUCCACACUAUCAUCAGCUCGUUCGGUAAUGCUAAGACUAGCCUCUCUUCAAAUGCCACCAGGCAUUCCCUUCUCCACGAACUACAAUUCUCUAAAGCUGCGAAACUUAUUGGCUCUAAAUCCCUCCUUUUCAACCUUGACAAAUCUAGAAUUGGUCAUUUGGCUCCUGAUGAGCGCUCGUUCCACGUCUUCUAUCAGUUCCUCGCAGGUGCUCCACCCAACCUCCAAGAACUCUAUGACUUACAAGAUCCAAGCUCAUACGCUAUGUUAGCUUCCAGUGGCUGCUUCAAACUCCCCUUUGGCCCUUUCUCUGAUGACCACGCUGGCUAUAACGCUCUCUAUGAUGCUUUCAUUACUCUGGGUUUCAGGCAAAAACAUAUAAACUCUAUUUGGAGCGUGAUUGUCGCUAUUCUAACUCUUUCUAAUAUUGAAUUCAUCGAUACUGAAUCGAGAGACUCUUCUGCCACCGUUCUGUCAACCCAUGAACUUCAACUUGUGGCCCAUUUACUCGGCAUUGAGCCAGAUGAACUCGAGGUUUUACUCGUCAAUAGAAGCUUCUAUGUAAAGAAAGACAUAAGUACCCACCUCCUUGACUCAGCCGGUGCUGUACGCCAACGCGAUCACCUCAUCCAAGAUCUUUAUGCUAUUUUAUUCACUUAUAUCAUUGAAUCUGGCAAUCACAAGCUCGUUAAUGACAAAAGUGCCUUGCAGAUUCUUCAAUUAGAUAUUCCUGGUUUUAACAGCAAAUCACCCACAAAUUCAAUCAUGUCGAGACAUUCAUACCCACUCAUCAACUCACAAACGUGCAAUUUCAACGAUUUCACUAUCAACUACUCUUCUGAACUCGUCAAUGCUUAUUUGAUGAGAAGAGUGUUCGAUGAUAGCAAUUCUUACAAUGGUAUCCAAAUCAACGAUGGUUUGCAAUUUCUUGAUAAGUACCAUGAUGCUACUACCAGCGACGCUCUCCAUUUGUUACGUGGCUCUCCCACUUUUCCCACUUCUCAUCCUCCUCCAGGGAAGCCUUUGGGUGUCUUAGGGCUCCUCAACCAGUCAGGAAGGCAGAUUAUGAGUGGAGCGCUGCUUGAGAAUAGAGCUGACGAUGCAUUUAUCGCCUCAUUAAACAAUAACUUCCACUCUCAUAAAGCAUAUGAAUUCAAUCCACCAGGAUAUGGCAACCCACCCACUUCACAAUUCACCAUUAAUCACUGGGGAGGAAGUGUUAGCUACGAGGUGCAUGAGUUCAUCCACCGCGAUCAAGAUAGGUUGGAUCCGAUGAUAGUAUCAACUCUUCGCUCAUCGAGUAAUUCAUUCAUCAGCAAACUGUUUAGUGGUCCCUCCAUUUCCAUCAAGAUGCAUCCAGUUGACGAGGAGACAAUAGCAGACUCACAAAUCUCCACUGCACCAUUGAGGGAAGUGUCUUCAAUAAGCCAUCCCGUCGAUGGAGGACUAUCGCAAUCAACUCAGCACCAACUCAGCAGCCACGACAUACACCCCGUCUCCACCCAGCUCGAUUCGACGUAUGGCGGCAUACUGAAUGCCUUUGACAAAUGUCAGAUGUGGAGUGUUCUCUCACUCCGUCCGAACGACAGUGGCUCAGCGAAUGCCAUCGACAAGCGCAGACUGCGCUGGCAGCUGGAGCGAUUGCGAGUGGGCGACAUUGUUGAACGUAGGCGCUCCGACUACGUUUCUCACUACCCCUUCGAAACAUUUUGCACACGCUAUAUUUCAGGCGAGGCGGUGGAUGAUCCAGACAUCGCUAGAGUGGCUGCACAGACGUAUCUCACUGAGAACGAUUUCGGCGAAGGGCUCGAUUAUGCACUGGGCAAUGAGUGCGUGUGGCUUAGUUACGCUGCGUGGAAGAUACUCGAGGAUGGAAUACGCGAAGGGGAGCAUGACUACGACUAUGAGGAGGAGGAAGAGGACGGGCGUGAUAGCUUUGGCGAAGCGCCCAAGGAAAUGGCAGUCGAUCCUCACUCCCACUCCAACACGCGCGCUUCAACUAACUUUGUCCCGAUGAAUGCGGCCGUUACUCCAAACACACCUCAAACUCCGCACGAUGCGGACGGCUACGCAUACCCCUUCCCCCAAAGCGGCUAUGCGCCCGUCGACGAGCACACGCCGUCGUACGCGAAGCAGGAGUUCGCAGACGCCCAGACGCCCGGGCUGCAGUAUGAGUGGGGAAGCGAUAAAGGGGAGACUAUGAGCGAAAAGAGCGACAAGUCUGGCGCAGAUUCCUUCGUCGCACACCGUCAACACGACGUCCAGAAAGCGCCGCGCAGCCCUUCGAGACGCUUCUGGGUAAAGCUCGUCUGGGCGUUUACCUGGUUCGUCCCGUCGCUCCUCCUAACGCAUGUGGGCAGGAUGAAGCGUCCGGAUGUGCGUUUUGCAUGGCGCGAGAAACUCACUCUGUGUAUGCUCAUCGCACUUUUUUGCGGCGCUGUCCUCUUCUAUAUUAUCGGCUUCGGGAAGGUCCUCUGCCCUAAUUAUAACAAGGCGUGGAGUGAUGGCCAGCUAGGAUCGCAUGCGUCAGACGAUGACUUCUGGGUUGGUAUCCAGGGUUCAGUCUACGAUAUCUCCGACUUCUGGAGGACUAAACACUCGGACAUAGAGUCACGCCCUGUUACAUCGGAACAGAUGAAGCAGCUCGGCGGGCGCGACCUCACUGAUUACUUCCCUCCACCACUCGAAUGGGCUUGCGAGGGUCUGACGGAUGGUGACAUACCCAACUACGAUCCCGGAAGCAGACUACUUGCCGUCCCAACUGCCGACCAUAGCUCAGGAACCGAGUACGAACUCAAUGAAGACUCAGCACUCCAGUCGUCCACCUGGUACCCCGAUAACUUCCUUCCCAAGAUGAAACCCAUGUACAAGGGUUUGUUUGUGAUUCAGAAGGAGGACGUACAGGAGGACGGCUUUAAGCGUGACAAGCAGAAGGCUAUGUAUGACGGCGGGGUUUACGACCUAAGUGCAUACCUCUCCACCGUCAAGUACUACUCUUCGACGAAUGAUGCUGUGCAAUUCAUGGACGAGAGCGUCACCGAUCUUUUCAAGGAGAAAGCGGGGCAGGAUAUUACGAAGGAGCUCAACGAGGUGUUGGACGGCAUGGACAACACGCGCGCCGAUCAGCACAAACAGUGUCUUAAGCGCAGGUACUAUCUCGGCGACGUUGAUUUCAGAGACACGCCCAGAUGUCAGGCGCAGAACUACAUCCUGCUCUCCUUCACCGUAUUUCUCUGUUGCAUUCUCCUUGUCAAGUUCCUAGCGGCGCUCCAGCUCGGCAGCAAGCGCAAACCGGAGCCACAGGACAAAUUUGUUAUAUGUCAGGUUCCCGCUUACACUGAAGGUGAGGAUUCGCUGAAGAAGACGAUCGACAGCUUGGCCGGGUUGGAGUAUGACGACAAGCGCAAACUCAUCCUCGUAGUGUGUGACGGCAACAUUAUUGGUGGUGGGAACGACAGAACAACACCGCGCAUAGUUCUCGAUAUAUUCGGUGUCGAUCCUGAAAUCGACCCUGAGCCACUGAUGCUUAAGUCUCUCGGCGAGGGCGGCAAGCAGAUGAAUUACGGCAAGGUGUAUUCGGGGUUAUAUGAGUACGAGGGGCAUGUUGUACCCUUUAUGGUGGUUGUCAAGGUCGGUAAGCCUACCGAGCGGUCCAGACCAGGCAACAGAGGGAAGCGUGAUUCACAGAUUCUCGUGAUGCGCUAUCUUAACAGGGUGCACUUCAGCGCACCUAUGUAUCCACUCGAGCUGGAGAUGAUGCACCAAAUGAAAAACGUCAUCGGGAUCGAUCCGAGCUUCUACGAAUACAUACUCAUGGUGGACGCAGAUACAUCCGUCACGCCAGAAUCGGUCAAUCGACUGGUUGCACGAUGCGUUGACGACAGCGCGAUUAUCGGGAUUUGCGGUGAGACGAGGUUGGACAACGAGGAGCAAAGUUGGUGGACUAUGAUACAGGUGUAUGAGUACUUUAUUUCCCACCAUCUAGCCAAGGCGUUCGAAAGUCUGUUCAGUACUGUCACAUGUCUUCCAGGGUGUUUCUCUAUGUAUCGCAUUCGCACUGACGAUAAAGGAAAGCCGCUGAUCAUCUCGACGCGUGUGAUAGAGGACUAUGCGGAGAACAACGUGGAUACCUUGCACAAAAAGAAUUUGCUCUCACUCGGUGAAGAUCGUUACUUGACUACUAUCAUGCUCAAGUAUUUCUCUGCAUUCAAGAUGAAAUUCACCCAGGACGCUAUUGCUCACACUGCAGCACCUGAGUCUUGGUCUAUCCUUAUGUCACAGAGACGUCGGUGGAUCAACUCGACAGUACAUAACUUUACUGAACUCAUUAACCUUCCUGAUAUUUGCGGGUUCCUUUGCUUCAGUAUGCGCUUUAUCGUCAUCAUUGAUCUUAUCUCGACCAUUCUAUUGCCGGCAACCGUCGUUUAUCUCGUCUACCUGAUCACGAUUGUCGCUUUGGGUCAAGGACCGUUCCCCAUUAUCACGAUAAUCAUGUUAGCUGCCACGUACGGCUUCCAAAUCGUCAUCUUCCUCCUCAAGCGCGAGUGGCAGUAUGUAGGCUGGAUGAUCAUCUACCUGCUCAGCUACCCCCUGUGGUCUUUCUACCUGCCGCUGUACUCGUUCUGGCAUUUCGACGACUUCGGAUGGGGUACGACGCGCGUUGUGAUCGGUGAGAAAGGGUCGACCAAGAUCGUCGCUACUGACGAAGAACCCUUCGACGAGUCGCAACUCCCUCUCAAGACAUUCUCCGACUACGAAACAGAGCUGUACACUAAGACAGGCGGCACUAACCCCUUUUCCGACAGCCGCGGCAUGGCUUCUACUAUUAGUGACUUCCAGUUCCCACCGCCACACGCAAGUAUGCAUAUGGGCGGUGGUGGGGGUGCGAUGAGUGCGAUGAACGGGAUGAACGCCCGUUCUAACACUCCUGCUUAUACCAACGCCGGCGAUAUGCCGCGCCCAUACUCAACUUACUCCCUCGCUACCAACAACCUCGCUCCGAACAUGCCGCACAUGCAGAACAUGCCGAACAAUCCGUAUGGAGCAGCGUCGGCGUACAACCCCACCAUGAGCCACAUGAGCAUGGGCAUGGGAAUGGGAAUGGGUAUGAAUCCUUAUCAGUCAAUGUACGGUAUUAGCGAGGCGCAGCUGCUGCCACACGCACAGAUGCACGCACAUACACAAGAUCAAGAUAACUCGCCACACUCCAAUUCAGCUGCUUCCAGACCUCCCUCUAUGUUCUCGGGCGCGGGGCAGGCUGCAUCGGACUUCGGUGCGAGCGUUGCUCCCAAUCCCAUCUCCGACCCCUCGGACGAACAGAUUGUCCUCGCUCUCAGACAGUACCUCGCUACUACUCCCCUCAUGCAGGUCACGAAACGCACCGCAAGAGAUCAUGUAGCUAAGCGCUUCCCUAAUGCCGACGUGGAGGCUAGGAGAGACACUAUCAAUCACUCUAUUGACGCUAUUCUCGAAGGUAGAAUUUGA